UAGUCGAAGAAUGACAAAGAAAUAGGGAGGGUAAAAAUUGUUUUCAGGCAUUGGUUGUAGCAAAUCGCACGAAAUAGGCAUCUAAAUAAAAAAUUUGAAGGUUGGAACUUGUUUUGCAGUCAAAAUGUCAUUACCAGCUAAAGUUUUCAUACUUUCGCGAAAUGGCCAGCGUAUGUUUGGUACCAGCCUCCGCUUGAGUACUCCCGGUAAGGAUAUAGUGCCUGUCCCGAAAGGAUAUGUCUAUGUCAACAACAAGGAUUUGAGCAUGGAAAUGAACGAGAUCACCGAUCGCGCCGCAACAACAUUGUUUUUAGGAGAACUGUUUCGUGGUUUUGCUGUCACUUUAGCGCAUAUAUUUAAAGAACCAGCAACUAUUAAUUACCCCUUUGAAAAGGGACCCUUGAGCCCACGAUUCCGUGGCGAGCAUGCACUUCGGCGGUAUCCUAGUGGUGAGGAACGAUGCAUUGCCUGCAAGUUGUGUGAGGCUAUUUGUCCAGCACAAGCCAUCACUAUUGAAGCAAAAACACGAUCGGAUGGGAGCAGGCGUACCACGCGUUAUGACAUUGAUAUGACCAAGUGUAUCUACUGUGGUUUUUGCCAGGAGGCUUGUCCAGUCGAUGCCAUUGUAGAGGGACCUAAUUUUGAGUUCUCAACGGAAACUCAUGAAGAAUUGUUGUACAACAAGGAGAAGUUACUUUGCAAUGGUGACAAGUGGGAAUCUGAGAUUGCGUCUAACUUACAAGCCGACCACUUAUACCGUUAAAUAAUUUGAGUCGCAAAAGUUCAAGCUCUUAACCGUUUUUAAAUUAGUUAUAUGGAACCUUUAUUUCAAUAAAUGCGUAAAUAAUGCUCAACGCAUACAUAUUCUUGAAAGACGGUGUGACUGUCUAGAAAAGUUGAAAUUUAA